AUGGCGGAGACUUUUGCAUUCAAUGCAGACAUCCAGCAGUUGAUGAGCUUGAUCAUCAACACUUUCUACUCCAACAAGGAGAUCUUCCUGCGUGAGCUCAUCUCCAACGCCUCGGACGCUCUGGACAAGAUUCGCUACGAAUCCAUCACCGACCCGGACAAGAUCGAGGCGCAGCCGAACUUCUUCAUCAAGAUCAUCCCGGACAAGACCAAUUCGACUCUGACCAUCGAAGACUCCGGUAUCGGCAUGACGAAGAACGAGCUCAUCAACAAUCUCGGCACGAUCGCCAAGUCUGGCACCAAGGCCUUCAUGGAGGCUAUGGCGGCAGGCGGCGACAUCUCCAUGAUCGGGCAGUUCGGCGUCGGCUUCUACAGCGCGUACCUCGUCUCGGACAAGGUCCGUGUGGUCAGCAAGCACAACGACGACGAGCAGUACAUCUGGGAGAGCGGCGCCGGUGGCUCUUUCACUGUCCAGAAGGACACGGAGCUGGUGCACGGCGAGAUCAAGCGAGGCACCAAGAUCAUCUGCUACCUCAAGGAAGACCAGUCUGAGUUCCUGGAGGAGCGACGUCUGAAGGACCUGGUGAAGAAGCACUCCGAGUUCAUUGGCUUCCCCAUCGAGCUGUACGUGGAGAAGUCCAAGGAGAAGGAGGUGACCGACUCCGAGGAGGAGGAGGAAGAGAAGAAGGAGGAGAAAGAAGGCGAUGAGCCGAAGAUCGAGGAAGUAGAUGAGGAGAAGGAGAAGGAGGAGAAGAAGAAGAAGACCAAGAAGGUGAAGGAGGUCUCGCACGAAUGGGAGCAGCUGAACAAGAACAAGCCCCUGUGGAUGCGCAAGUCUGAGGACGUGACCAACGAGGAGUACGCCUCCUUCUACAAGUCGCUCUCCAACGACUGGGAGGACCACCUCGCCGUGAAGCACUUCAGCGUCGAGGGCCAGUUGGAGUUCCGGGCUCUGCUGUUCGUUCCCCGCCGGGCGCCCUUCGACCUCUUCGAGACCAAGAAGAAGCGCAACAACAUCAAGCUGUACGUGCGCCGCGUCUUCAUCAUGGACGACUGCGAGGAGCUCAUGCCUGAGUGGCUGAACUUCGUGAAGGGUGUGGUGGACUCGGAGGAUUUGCCUCUGAACAUCUCCCGCGAGACCCUGCAGCAGAACAAGAUCCUGCGAGUCAUCAAGAAGAAUCUUGUGAAGAAGUGCCUCGAGAUGUUUGCAGAGAUCGCCGAGAAGAAGGACGACUACAAGAAGUUCUAUGAGCAGUUUGGCAAGUGCCUCAAGCUGGGCGUCCACGAGGACUCCACCAACCGCACUAAGCUGGCCGAGCUCCUCCGCUACCACACCUCCAAGUCUGGUGACGAACAGAUCAGCCUGAAGGAGUACGUCGACCGCAUGAAGGAGGGUCAGAACGACAUCUAUUACAUCACAGGCGAGAGCAUUGCGGCCGUGUCCUCAUCUCCCUUCCUGGAGACCCUGCGCAAGAAGGGCAUCGAGGUGCUGUACAUGAUCGACCCCGUCGACGAGUACUCAGUGCAGCAGCUGAAGGAGUUCGAUGGCAAGAAGUUGAAGAGCACAACCAAGGAAGGUUUGGACAUCGAGGACGAGGAUGAGAAGAAGAAGCUGGAGGAGAUGAAGGCAGAGUUCGAGCCACUCACGAAGCUCAUGAAGGAGGUUUUGGGGGACAAGGUGGAGAAGGUCAUCGUCAGCUCUAGGAUGGCCGACUCCCCUUGCGUGCUGACCACCUCCGAGUAUGGCUGGUCAGCCAACAUGGAGCGCAUUAUGAAGGCGCAGGCCCUGCGUGACAACUCCAUGACUUCCUACAUGGUCUCCAAGAAGACCAUGGAGGUGAACCCCAAGCACUCCAUCAUGGCGGAGCUGAAGAAGAAGGCCGCGGCCGACAAGUCUGACAAGACCGUGAAGGACCUGAUCUGGCUCCUCUUCGACACCUCCCUGCUCACCUCUGGCUUCAACCUCGAUGAGCCCACGCAGUUCGCUGGCCGCAUCCACCGGAUGAUCAAGCUCGGCCUCAGCAUCGACGAUGACGAUGAGGGCCUGGGUGAUGACGACGACCUGCCCCCGCUUGAGGAAGUCGAGGGCGCGGCCGAUGAGGCCUCCAAGAUGGAGGAGGUGCAAGCGAAUGACAGACCAAGGAGCAAAAUGAAGAAGCUUGUUCCACAGCUAUCACAGCUAUCGUUACUGAGACUUUCUGGUCAUAAGCUUCCCCUGGGUCCGUGGAGUGUGAUCGAUGAAAACAGCAAAGCCCCAACCAUCGAUGGAGUUGUCGGAAGCCUUUCGGGAAUUUGCCGCGAAAUUGCCCUCAUGAAAGUCAUGCAAGGGUGGUCUUUUGUUUCAGGCAUACGGGCCUUUCCCACGUCUUCUUUUCUGAGCCUUGACCCAGUUUCUUGCGCUGUUGAACUCGUGCGCUUUCUCUUCUCCGUCUCCUUGGCCAUCUUUCUUGGUGACGGCCUUGAGUCCAAUAAAGCUCCGACGACAAUCAUGGCGGAGACUUUUGCAUUCAAUGCAGACAUCCAGCAGUUGAUGAGCUUGAUCAUCAACACUUUCUACUCCAACAAGGAGAUCUUCCUGCGUGAGCUCAUCUCCAACGCCUCGGACGCUCUGGACAAGAUUCGCUACGAAUCCAUCACCGACCCGGACAAGAUCGAGGCGCAGCCGAACUUCUUCAUCAAGAUCAUCCCGGACAAGACCAAUUCGACUCUGACCAUCGAAGACUCCGGUAUCGGCAUGACAAAGAACGAGCUCAUCAACAAUCUCGGCACGAUCGCCAAGUCUGGCACCAAGGCCUUCAUGGAGGCUAUGGCGGCAGGCGGCGACAUCUCCAUGAUCGGGCAGUUCGGCGUCGGCUUCUACAGCGCGUACCUCGUCUCGGACAAGGUCCGUGUGGUCAGCAAGCACAACGACGACGAGCAGUACAUCUGGGAGAGCGGCGCCGGUGGCUCUUUCACGGUCCAGAAGGACACGGAGCUGGUGCACGGCGAGAUCAAGCGAGGCACCAAGAUCAUCUGCUACCUCAAGGAAGACCAGUCUGAGUUCCUGGAGGAGCGACGUCUGAAGGACCUGGUGAAGAAGCACUCCGAGUUCAUUGGCUUCCCCAUCGAGCUGUACGUGGAGAAGUCCAAGGAGAAGGAGGUGACCGACUCCGAGGAGGAGGAGGAGGAAGAGAAGAAGGAGGAGAAAGAAGGCGAUGAGCCGAAGAUCGAGGAAGUAGAUGAGGAGAAGGAGAAGGAGGAGAAGAAGAAGAAGACCAAGAAGGUGAAGGAGGUCUCGCACGAAUGGGAGCAGCUGAACAAGAACAAGCCCCUGUGGAUGCGCAAGUCUGAGGACGUGACCAACGAGGAGUACGCCUCCUUCUACAAGUCGCUCUCCAACGACUGGGAGGACCACCUCGCCGUGAAGCACUUCAGCGUCGAGGGCCAGUUGGAGUUCCGGGCUCUGCUGUUCGUUCCCCGCCGGGCGCCCUUCGACCUCUUCGAGACCAAGAAGAAGCGCAACAACAUCAAGCUGUACGUGCGUCGCGUCUUCAUCAUGGACGACUGCGAGGAGCUCAUGCCUGAGUGGCUGAACUUCGUGAAGGGUGUGGUGGACUCGGAGGAUUUGCCUCUGAACAUCUCCCGCGAGACCCUGCAGCAGAACAAGAUCCUGCGAGUCAUCAAGAAGAAUCUUGUGAAGAAGUGCCUCGAGAUGUUUGCAGAGAUCGCCGAGAAGAAGGACGACUACAAGAAGUUCUAUGAGCAGUUUGGCAAGUGCCUCAAGCUGGGCGUCCACGAGGACUCCACCAACCGCACUAAGCUGGCCGAGCUCCUCCGCUACCACACCUCCAAGUCUGGUGACGAACAGAUCAGCCUGAAGGAGUACGUCGACCGCAUGAAGGAGGGUCAGAACGACAUCUAUUACAUCACAGGCGAGAGCAUUGCGGCCGUGUCCUCAUCUCCCUUCCUGGAGACCCUGCGCAAGAAGGGCAUCGAGGUGCUGUACAUGAUCGACCCCGUCGACGAGUACUCAGUGCAGCAGCUGAAGGAGUUCGAUGGCAAGAAGUUGAAGAGCACAACCAAGGAAGGUUUGGACAUCGAGGACGAGGAUGAGAAGAAGAAGCUGGAGGAGAUGAAGGCAGAGUUCGAGCCACUCACGAAGCUCAUGAAGGAGGUUUUGGGGGACAAGGUGGAGAAGGUCAUCGUCAGCUCUAGGAUGGCCGACUCCCCUUGCGUGCUGACCACCUCCGAGUAUGGCUGGUCGGCCAACAUGGAGCGCAUCAUGAAGGCGCAGGCCCUGCGUGACAACUCCAUGACUUCCUACAUGGUCUCCAAGAAGACCAUGGAGGUGAACCCCAAGCACUCCAUCAUGGCGGAGCUGAAGAAGAAGGCCGCGGCCGACAAGUCUGACAAGACCGUGAAGGACCUGAUCUGGCUCCUCUUCGACACCUCGCUGCUCACCUCUGGCUUCAACCUCGAUGAGCCCACGCAGUUCGCUGGCCGCAUCCACCGGAUGAUCAAGCUCGGCCUCAGCAUCGACGAUGACGAUAGGGCCUGGGUGAUGACGACGACCUGCCCCCGCUUGAGGAAGUCGAGGGCGCGGCCGAUGAGGUGCAAGCGAAUGACAGACCAAGGCAUGCGGGCCUUUCCCACGUCUUCUUUUCUGGGCCUUGACCCAGUUUCUUGCGCUGUUGAACUCGUGCGCUUUCUCUUCUCCGUCUCUUUGGCCAUCUUUCUUGGUGACGGCCUUGAGUCCAAUAAAGCUCCGACGACAAUCAUGGCGGAGACUUUUGCAUUCAAUGCAGACAUCCAGCAGUUGAUGAGCUUGAUCAUCAACACUUUCUACUCCAACAAGGAGAUCUUCCUGCGUGAGCUCAUCUCCAACGCCUCGGACGCUCUGGACAAGAUUCGCUACGAAUCCAUCACCGACCCGGACAAGAUCGAGGCGCAGCCGAACUUCUUCAUCAAGAUCAUCCCGGACAAGACCAAUUCGACUCUGACCAUCGAAGACUCCGGUAUCGGCAUGACGAAGAACGAGCUCAUCAACAAUCUCGGCACGAUCGCCAAGUCUGGCACCAAGGCCUUCAUGGAGGCUAUGGCGGCAGGCGGCGACAUCUCCAUGAUCGGGCAGUUCGGCGUCGGCUUCUACAGCGCGUACCUCGUCUCGGACAAGGUCCGUGUGGUCAGCAAGCACAACGACGACGAGCAGUACAUCUGGGAGAGCGGCGCCGGUGGCUCUUUCACUGUCCAGAAGGACACGGAGCUGGUGCACGGCGAGAUCAAGCGAGGCACCAAGAUCAUCUGCUACCUCAAGGAAGACCAGUCUGAGUUCCUGGAGGAGCGACGUCUGAAGGACCUGGUGAAGAAGCACUCCGAGUUCAUUGGCUUCCCCAUCGAGCUGUACGUGGAGAAGUCCAAGGAGAAGGAGGUGACCGACUCCGAGGAGGAGGAGGAAGAGAAGAAGGAGGAGAAAGAAGGCGAUGAGCCGAAGAUCGAGGAAGUAGAUGAGGAGAAGGAGAAGGAGGAGAAGAAGAAGAAGACCAAGAAGGUGAAGGAGGUCUCGCACGAAUGGGAGCAGCUGAACAAGAACAAGCCCCUGUGGAUGCGCAAGUCUGAGGACGUGACCAACGAGGAGUACGCCUCCUUCUACAAGUCGCUCUCCAACGACUGGGAGGACCACCUCGCCGUGAAGCACUUCAGCGUCGAGGGCCAGUUGGAGUUCCGGGCUCUGCUGUUCGUUCCCCGCCGCGCGCCCUUCGACCUUUUCGAGACCAAGAAGAAGCGCAACAACAUCAAGCUGUACGUGCGCCGCGUCUUCAUCAUGGACGACUGCGAGGAGCUCAUGCCUGAGUGGCUGAACUUCGUGAAGGGCGUGGUGGACUCGGAGGAUUUGCCUCUGAACAUCUCCCGCGAGACCCUGCAGCAGAACAAGAUCCUGCGAGUCAUCAAGAAGAAUCUCGUGAAGAAGUGCCUCGAGAUGUUUGCAGAGAUCGCCGAGAAGAAGGACGACUACAAGAAGUUCUAUGAGCAGUUUGGCAAGUGCCUCAAGCUGGGCGUCCACGAGGACUCCACCAACCGCACUAAGCUGGCCGAGCUCCUCCGCUACCACACCUCCAAGUCUGGUGACGAACAGAUCAGCCUGAAGGAGUACGUCGACCGCAUGAAGGAGGGUCAGAACGACAUCUACUACAUCACAGGCGAGAGCAUUGCGGCCGUGUCCUCAUCUCCCUUCCUGGAGACCCUGCGCAAGAAGGGCAUCGAGGUGCUGUACAUGAUCGACCCCGUCGACGAGUACUCAGUGCAGCAGCUGAAGGAGUUCGAUGGCAAGAAGUUGAAGAGCACAACCAAGGAAGGUUUGGACAUCGAGGACGAGGAUGAGAAGAAGAAGCUGGAGGAGAUGAAGGCAGAGUUCGAGCCACUCACGAAGCUCAUGAAGGAGGUUUUGGGGGACAAGGUGGAGAAGGUCAUCGUCAGCUCUAGGAUGGCCGACUCCCCUUGCGUGCUGACCACCUCCGAGUAUGGCUGGUCGGCCAACAUGGAGCGCAUCAUGAAGGCGCAGGCCCUGCGUGACAACUCCAUGACUUCCUACAUGGUCUCCAAGAAGACCAUGGAGGUGAACCCCAAGCACUCCAUCAUGGCGGAGCUGAAGAAGAAGGCCGCGGCCGACAAGUCUGACAAGACCGUGAAGGACCUGAUCUGGCUCCUCUUCGACACCUCCCUGCUCACCUCUGGCUUCAACCUCGAUGAGCCCACGCAGUUCGCUGGCCGCAUCCACCGGAUGAUCAAGCUCGGCCUCAGCAUCGACGAUGACGAUGAGGGCCUGGGUGAUGACGACGACCUGCCCCCGCUUGAGGAAGUCGAGGGCGCGGCCGAUGAGGCCUCCAAGAUGGAGGAGGUCGACUAG